GCGGAGGGUGGCGGCGGUUCGAGGCGGCGGGCGGCACCCUGCAGCACUUGCAGGCUCUGGCGCAAAUGCUGCCGCUGCUCUUCUGGGGCCACUACUUCUGGCGGCGCUCGCAGAAGCAGCAGCUGGAACAGCCAGAAGAGGAUCCGACCCCAGCGCCGCUCGAGGGCCCGCAGGGCAAGGCGCCGCGCGGCGAGGCGGCGGCUCCGGGGGCGGGCGAGCACGAGGCGGCGGGGCUGGUCGCCGAGGACCUCGCGGGGGAAGACUCCGCGCCGCCCUGGGCAUGGGAGGCCUCCUGGGGCGCGGCGCCGGGCCGCGGGCAGGGCUGCGGGCCCGAGGCCAGCGGGCCGCCGCCCAGCGGCCCGGAGGAGUGA